AAUCUGGUCAGGGGAUCACGUCUUCUCCUGCUCCUCUCUGGCUCUUCUGUGAUGGACUCAUGGAAAAGGAUUUCUAACAUCUAAAGCUUGACAGACAUUUGCUUCCAGCCAUGGGGGACUGGUCUUACAUGUCCUCGCUGCUCGACAAGGUCCAAUCUCACUCCACUGUGGUUGGGAAGAUCUGGAUGAGCAUCCUCUUCCUGUUCAGGAUCUUUGUCCUCGGUGCUGCUGCUGAUAAGGUCUGGGGAGACGAAGUGUCCGAGUUCAACUGUGACUCUAAGGAACCAGGAUGUGAACACGCCUGUUACAACUGGAUGUUCCCAAUAUCCUACGUUCAUUACUGGGUCCUGCAGAUCACUUUUGUGUCAACACCCACUCUAGUCUACUUGGGCCAUGCUGUUCACAUUAUCCACAAAGAGAAGAGGAAGAUGGAGAAGUUGAAAGACUGUAAUAAGAAGCCUAGGUAUACAGAUGAGAGAGGGAAGGUGCAAAUAACAGGCGUCCUCUUUUGCACUUACAUGACCCAGCUGGUGUUCAAGAUCAUCCUGGAGGUGGGAUUCACUGUGGGCCAGUUCUAUAUCUUUGGCUCCAUGUUCAUACCCUCCUUCUUCCACUGUGAAAUGUCUCCACCUUGUGCCCGUUUCUCUGGUGCCCAGUGUUACAUUUCUCGUCCCACAGAGAAAACUAUUUUUGUCAUCUUCAUGCUUGUAGUUUCAGGUAUUUCGGUGCUCCUCAACAUCAUAGAAAUAAUCUACCUGCUUUGCAACAGGAGGAGAGACACCAGGAAACUCAGUCAUGGGAACAGCCAUUAUGGGGGGUAGAUUCUCAGGCUAUUUUAAAAAAAGGGCAUAAAAGUUAGACUGAUAAACAUUUGUUUUUGUACAUUUACAGUACACUGGAUUCUGAAUUUCCUUAUUCUGUUUUUAUUAACUUUUUACACAGCCUCCCAACAAGAAGAGGCAACAACAAGGAAAACCAUGUCACAUUUUGUAUGCUUUAGUGCUUUUUGAAAUCAAUAACCCUUUAAAAUCAACUAAUCGUUAUACGAAAUUGAAAAAGGCUGUUCCUUGAAUAAAUAAAAUAAUAAAACAAUCCAAAUUAAAAAGUUGGCUUAUGUUAAGUUGCAACAACAAAGGCUAGCUCUCCUUUUCUCUCAUCAUAUAUAUUCCUUUCCCACACCUAACUUUGUACGCUCCUAACGCAGACUUUAGACCAGAGCACAGAGUUUAAUCUGUAAUAGCUGUUUGUUAUGUGAUAAGAGGAGACAGAAUAUAUGUAAGUAAUAUAUGAAUUAAGUUGCCUGUUAGUUGAGAGAUUGGUAAUAUUGUUUUCAAGUUGUUGGUAAAUUUCACUCAUUGUGUCAUAAUUUUUGCUGUCUACACACAAUUCUGUUAUAUGGUGAUAUGAUAUUA